AUGGAAGAGAAGGCUGGAAUCUCCAAGCUCGAACAAAUAGAUACCGGAUUGUACGAUCCAGAUGCUGGACUCAGCGACGAAGAACGAGCAGCAAUUGACAAGAAGCUUGUCCGAAAGCUUGAUUUCAAACUUAUUCCUUGGCUCUCGUUUCUAUAUCUCAUAUCCUUCCUCGAUCGAACAAACAUUGGCAAUGCCAAAGUUGACGGCUUGACCACCGACUUGAACCUCACACCAGGUCAAUAUAAUGCUACGCUCUCCAUCUUUUUCGUCUCGUACUCGGUAUUUGAGCCCCUGACAAACGUCUUGCUCAAGAAAUGGAGACCAUCAGUCUUCUUACCUAUCAUCAUGGUUCUUUGGGGAAUCUGUAUGGUCACCAUGGGGCUUUGCCACAACUUUGCUGGCCUUGCAACCGCAAGAUGGUGGUUAGGCUUUGCUGAGGCUGGUCUUUUCCCGGGUGUCAACUACUAUCUGUCUUGUUGGUACAAGCGCAAGGAAUUGGGCAUACGUGCAGCCGUCUUCUUCUCAGCAGCUGCCUUGGCAGGUUCAUUCGGUGGUCUUCUGGCAGCAGGCAUUGCUCAGAUGCGUGGCGUUGGUGGAAAGGCUGGUUGGGCAUGGAUCUUCAUCUUGGAGGGUCUGGUGACAGUGAUAGUGGGUGGUGCAUCCUAUUGGAUGGUCCACGACUUCCCGGAUGAGGCCAAAUUCUUGUCCGUCGACGACCGUGCCAGAGUGAUCAGAAGACUCAAGGAAGAUCAGCAAGCAAGUGCUGAGCAUGAGGAGUUCAAGAUGUCGUAUUUCUGGCAGAGUGUGACGGACUGGAAGACGUGGUGCUUUGCAGUCAUUUACAUGGGAGCAGAUGGUGCAUUGUACGCCUUCUCGCUGUUUUUGCCCACCAUCAUAAACGCCCUCGGAUACAGUGGUACCACGGCAAACUUGCUCUCUGUGCCGCCAUACGCUGCUGCUGCCGUCUUCACAAUCGUCAUCGGUUAUGUGGCCGAUCGAACCCAGCAGAGAGGACUCUGCAACAUCUUCGUUUCACUUAUCGGCAUCACGGGUUUCUGCAUGCUCAUCGGAAGCCAGAAUUCGGGAGUCAAGUACGCAGGCACUUUCCUCGGUGCUUUGGGUAUCUAUCCUCUGAUCAGUAACUCGAUCACAUGGUGCAGCAACAACGUUGAGGGCGCUUACAAGAGAGGUGUGACCAUCGGUGUUGUCAUUGGAUGGGGUAACCUUCAGGGCGUGGUGAGCUCAAACAUCUACAGAGCAAAGGACAAGCCGAAGUAUUACCUCGGCCAUGGUGUGGUCCUUGCUUACUUGACAUUGUUCUUGUUCUGCGGCAGUGUAGCAACACACUUCUUACUGGAAGCCGAGAACAAAAAGAGACGGGCUGGCAAGCGCGACCACUGGGUCGAAGGCAAGGACGAGGCCGAGAUCAGAAUGAUGGGAGACAAGAGACCGGACUUCCUCUACGUCACGUAA